CAAAGGAAGAAUGAACUUGGAAAAAACCAAGCAUAAAGGUCAUUUAGGAGCAUGGCUAAACUUUCAGCAAACGAUCUGAAUGACUUUUUGAACCCGGGAGCUGUCUGCAUAAAGCCAGCCGAAGUGAAAAAGUCAGACAAAGGCCGUGAAAAUAAUGAAAUACAAGUGGAAGGAGAUUCUUAUUACGAAGUUACCAAAGAUACGGGUGAAUCAAAAGAACUAGAAGUAGCUAGCAUUUCAUUGAAUGAUUGCUUGGCCUGUAGUGGAUGUAUCACUUCAGCAGAAACAGUUCUGGUAAACUUACAAUCAUAUCAAGAGGUACUGAAGCGAUUGGACUCCAGAACGGAUUCUCAAGAAGUAUUUUACGUGUCUUCAAGUCCGCAGGUACGGGCAAACUUGGCUGCUUAUUAUGGCGUUUCUUUGGAGGAAAUGCAAGAAGUUUUAGAAAUGGUAUUCGUUGGUAAACUGGGAUUUUGCACCGUUCUAGAUACCAAUGCUGCACGGGAGAUUGUGUUACAACAAUGCGCAGAAGAGUUUUGCGAAUCAUGGAAGCAACGACGACGUGAAAAGGAAUCUGGAAAUGAUGGUGCUAUCGAUAUCAAUGUAUCUGAAAUGCAAAAAGACUCUAAAGAUGUAGCAGCCUCUUUGAAAGCUAAUCCGACCGCAAAGUUGCCAAUCCUUUCGUCUUCUUGCCCAGGAUGGAUUUGCUACGUUGAGAAAACUCACUCAGCACUCAUUCCACAUCUUUCUCAAGUACGCUCACCACAACAGGCAUGUGGGCGUUUAAUCAAGGAUUGGGCAAGUAAACAGUUUUCGAUAUCUCGCAAACAAGUGUGGCAUUUGAGUCUUAUGCCUUGUUUUGACAAGAAGCUUGAAGCAAGUCGUGAAGAGUUUUCCGAGGAUGGGGUCCGUGAUGUUGACGCUGUGUUGACACCAAAAGAAAUCGUUGAGAUGUUUAAGCAUUUUGACUUGGACCCAAAGAGCAUAUUAAAGAAUAGGAUUUCAUACCAAAUAUCAGAUGAGACGUUACCAGCUUGGUAUCCUCGAUUGACGUACGUCGAGCAGAUGGGAUCUAGCUCUGGUGGAUACAUGAAUUAUGUAAUGUCUUACGCGGCCGAAAUGCUUUUUGGUAUUCACGAUGCAAACGAGUUUGUUACAAAGGUUGACCAAAACGGCGAUUUGACUGAAUAUACUCUACGAGAGCCGCAAAGUGAUGAAGUUUUGUUAACAAUGGCGACCUGCUAUGGUUUUCGAAACAUCCAAAAUUUGGUACGUAAAGUGAACGGCAAUUCUAGUCGUCGAGGACAGGUGUUGCUGAAACGGAGAAUGAAAACAGAUGCUCAAAAAGCGCAACAAAAGAGCCGUCAAUAUGAUUAUGUUGAAGUUAUGGCUUGUCCAGGCGGUUGUAUCAAUGGUGGUGGCCAACUCCCAUUUCCCUCUGGUGAACGGGUUUUGGCUAGUCGGGAAUGGAUGAGUCAAGUAGAAUCGCUGUACAAUUCUCCCGGAAGAAAAGAUGUUGACCGUUCUUUUGUAAAUAAAACUCUUGAACAUUGGAUUCAAGAUCCAAAGUUGGUUCGACAUUAUUUACAAGCGACCUACCGGUCCGUCGAAACAGACUUGUCGAAUCCCUUAUUGCUGGCCAAUAAGUGGUAAAAAUAAUUAAUUUCAUAGAAACAAAAAAUGAGCUAUAAUGUUUUGGGUUACUAGGAUACUUUGGAUAUGGAAAUGA